AUGCAUGUCAGUGCACCGCUCCAUAGAAUUGAGGAGUGGAGAGAUGGGUUUUUUCACUCGACAUCACUCAAAAGUCUUGGUCUUCACAUUCAGCUAGGCCAUGAGCCAGGAGGAUAUUGCCGUCGCCCACGCCCCACCUACAACAAUGAUUUUGUUAUAAUCGAUGUCCAUGGUAUCCAUGAAGUUGGUCUUGAUUUCUGUAACUGCGAGCACGAAGCCCCCCAUUUCAAACAACUCCUUUGUGCCUGGUGUGGGAAUCAUAUUUCAGCUGGCCAAGCUGCUGAGUGGAGAGCAUGUGCUGGCCAUGGGCAUGACCCCACUGGUGUGGGUGCAACUCAAGAGGGGGAACUUGUGGUUCUAUGCCCUGCAUGUCCACAUCCAGGUAAAAACUUGCCUGAGAACUGGGAGACCUCAGAUCAUCAGUGGCUGUAUGCAAGUUUCUUCACGAUUGAUGCCAAUUUCUGUCUCAAGCACAGGCUUGUCUCCUCCAAUACUAAAGAUCCAGGCCUCACACGUGGUUGGGGUUAUUUUGUCGAAGAACGCAAGUACAAGACUUACUUGGCUGAGAACUCAAACUCUCUUCAAGAGCACUUGCGUUAUGUGGGCGACUGUCAAAAGGGUGAAAAAUACCUGAAUAUGGAUUAUAUCGUGUUUUUGGCCCUCGCAAAAUUCUCUUGUCUGACCAAUUUCAACCUUUCAUAUGAUAUUGCAUGUCAGUGGCACAAGAAGCUUAAGAAUUGUAUUCAUGGGCUGCCCAUCAAGCUCCAACCUGGCGAAGAGAAUGUGUUCAACUUCUUCAUACCUAAAUUCCAUCUGGCAGCUCACAUUGAGGCUUGUCAAACAGCUUUUUCCUUCAACUGGACACCAGGCAUUGGUCAAACUGACAGGGAAGCACCCGAAUGCGGAUGGGCAAACAUUAACCAUGUCGCUAUGAGUACCAAGGAGAUGGGCCCAGGUGCCCGCCGAGAGGUUCUGGAUGACUUCUUCAGAGAUUCAAACUGGAAGAAAACCACUGUGUUAGGCAGAAUCAUGUCAUGCAAACUUAGUGAAGCACUCAAGGCAGCAGAAGAUCAUAAGCUUGUGUUCAGCAAGCUCGAGGCUUCUAUCAGAGAAUUGGACUUAGGUGUCUCAUCACUCGCAACAUGGAAAGCUGAGAUAGAGGCUUGGGAGAUUGAUCACACCAACCUGAAUCCAUUUGAACGUCGAGUUGAUGUUAUGACACUUGCAGCUGUGUGCCUCGAACUUGCACAACAGGAUGCUAGGGAGUUAGAGGAUGGAACUGCCGUUUCCCUUCGCACAGAGUUAUCUGGUAGCAUGCUGAUCAGUACAGGUAUUGAUCUCGAGCAUUCACAGCAUCAUUUACGCACAGAUGCAGCCUCACUGGGUCUGCAUGCAACUGACACCCAACGGACAAAGGUUCUCACAUGUAGCAAUGCCCUACAACGCCAUAUUGAGGUUUGGUCUGCCAUACAAACCUUGUACAUGCCCUCAGUUGCCAACUUAUGUGCAACUGGCUUCGUCAACUCCAGCAAUGACAACAACAACAACAGCGGUUGCCCUAGGCCAAAUUCUGACUCAGGCAAGGCAGAAGACCUUCAACUCUGGCUACCAUCUGAGAUUUGCGGCCUAGUGCUGUGCAAUCAAAAGCUUCUUGAGCUCAUGCAAUUCAAACAACAACAUCUCCAUGGACAAGGUGCUAAUACCUGUGUGAAGAAGAUGCUAGAUACUGUAGAAGACCAUCUUAUGAUCAGCCAUGCAAAAUAUGUAUGUGCACGCAAGGCACUCAUGGUGCUCUCAGACCAUGUUGACCAUGUCAGCUGGGAUCAGAAGCUUCAGCCACUCAAGAAGUCGCAUCUCCGUCCUAUGGGGGACUUCACCAGACAGUUGCAAGGGACUGCAAUCAUGUCUUGGAUAUGGCUGACAUAUGGGCUUUCAGAGGACGAUAGUGAAGGCUUGCAAGACUCACUUCAUAUUGAAUGA